GACCCAGAAACCGGUGACCGAAAUGUCAUUAUUUUGGGAAAAUGGAAUGCGGAUGCUCAUCUAAAUUGGGUCAAACAAAGCUCACUUAGAAGACCCCAGCUUCCUCUCGAAAAUCGAUUUAAACUAACGCAGUUCUAUGGUGAUGGAGACUAUUGUGAUGAUAUAAAAUCGCCGCGAUCUGUCAAGUUAUCAUUCGUUUGUCAAAGGAAGAUCAUUACAAACGUUCAGCUCUCCUUCCUCGAACCAUCUACUUGCCAGUAUUCAAUAAGUUUGGAGAGCCCGUUGUUCUGCGAUUUGCUUAAAAAAGCCGAUGAGAAUGGAUUUCUUCCUCCAGGCGUUGAGUCAGCCAAUCAACGCAAAGUCGUUCAUCAAAUGACUGACGAAACUUAUGUUAAUUUUAGGGGCCAUCUCCUUAAGUGGACUAAUUAUCUGAAAGGUUAUCAAAAACGUUGGUUUGUCUUGCAAAAUGGUCUACUUUCAUACUAUCGAGGAACAAUAAAUUUGGCCAAUGCCAAGAUAGUCGCUACAGGACAUUUGACUUUGGUGAUUUCAAACAGCAGCACUCAGACUUUCCAUCUCAAGGCUGCGAAUGAGGCAGAACACAAGAAGUGGAUGGCUGCUCUCACUCUUGCUAGAUCGAAUGCACUUGCUUUAGGAAAAUCAGGGGAUGAUUCUGAUGAAUGGGAAGAAGCGGAUGGUGAUGAAAGUGAUUUAGCCUGGUCAGCUCCAGCAUUGAUGCCAGAAGACGCUGCGAGACUUGUCGACGGCUCAAUUGCAAAUUUUGAGAGACGAAUUAUUGAUCUCCAGCACUAUCAGGAUACUCUCAAACAAAAGGCUGAUGAUUUGCAAAAAGUCAUUAAUGAUCUUGAAGGCUCAAAUGUUCCACCUGAGUUUUUAGAAAAGACUAAUAUUAUUCGAGAUAAAGCUGCUAUUUAUAAAGUUGCCAGUUUAGGUAUGGUUAAUUCCUGCUCUGAUUUCCUCGGGUAUGCUCGAUCACAAACGCGCCGUUGGCGGAAGAUAUUCAAUGUUCAAGUAGAUCGAUGUGCACGUCUAGAACAAAUGGUUGAACAGUUGGCCAAGCAGAUCAAUAAACUCGAAUCUCAAGCACGAAGCAAGUCAAUGAACCCAGGAUCAUGGGGAAUUCCCGGUCAAGCUGUACCAGUUCACCGCACCUCAGUAGAAGCUAGCCGUUUGAGGGCUGCAACAUUAUCCUCCAAUCUUAAUAGUUCCAUGAGACCUACUACUAAUGAAGGUAAAAGCGGUCCCCAAGGGGUCUCCAGCACUAUAGUCUCCGAAGACGAAGAGGAAAAUUUCUACGAUGUGGCCGAGGACGCUGGCGCAGAUGAAUUCGAGGUCAUUCUGCCUUCCACGAAUCCUCGUCCCUAUUCUGGCCCCCUAUCUCAAGGAGACUCCGAAAAAGAGGGGAUGGUGGAUGCUAGACAAUCUCCCUCUUCUGACGUUCCUGUUGGAGCGGAUGCAGGUAUAGAAUAUGAGUCAGAUAUUGGAGACUCAGAUACGGAUGAUCAAGGAAAAGGACAACGAGAAAAUCGGGCUCACGUGAUACAAAAACAUGCCUGGGGAAAGGCUGGACGGUCGCCAAAGGAAACCAAUUCGUCGUCCCAUGUGGGGCCGAAUAGCCCUGCUCCAGAGAAGCGCCUAAUUCCCAUACGUAAGCCAGUUGUACGACGAACCAGCAUUCCGCCCAAGCCUAACAUCAGUCUCAAUCUCUGGAGUUUUCUUAGCAACUGUAUUGGCAAGGAGCUCACCAAGAUCCCCAUGCCUGUAAACUUCAGUGAACCUUUAUCAAUGCUUCAACGUCUUUCAGAGAACUUCGAGUACUCCUACGUUUUGGACAGGGCAGCGGCAUGCACAAAUCCUGUAGACCAACUGGCUUAUGUGUCAGCCUUUGUAGUAUCCUCUUAUGCAAGUACAGCUCUGCGAGUGGCCAAACCAUUCAAUCCACUUCUCAAUGAGACUUAUGAAUGCGAUCGUACGGAUGAUCUUGGUUGGCGGUCUGUUGCCGAACAGGUGAGUCACCACCCUCCUGUAGCAGCCUUCCACUGUGAAAGUGAUCUCUGGUACACCUGGUUUGAUUUCUCAAUUUCCACCAAAUUCCGCGGACGCUACCUUCAGAUCAAAGUCAAUGGUGUGUGCCACCUAGUCUUCCGCAAGACUGGCUACCACUACACUUGGACUAAGAUUCCCCUCACGGUGCACAACAUCAUUGUGGGACGUCUGUGGAUUGAGAAUAGUGGAGAGAUCGAUAUCACCAAUCAUACCACUGGUGAUAAAUGCCAUCUCACCUUCAAACAAUAUUCAUACUUUUCCAGUGAAGUUCCUCGAAGGGUGACAGGCGCAGUGACAGAUAGGACUGGUAAAGUUCACGGAAUUAUUAAUGGCACUUGGGACGAGUUCAUUGAGUACGCCCCAGUUAUCACGGACAGCACGGGGAGCAGCAACAAACAUGUGAUAGAGACAGGACCACCCAUCCAACUCUGGCGUGUCUCUCCACUGCCACCCGAGGCUGAAAAGAUGUACAACUUUACCCAAUUCGCCAUGCAGCUGAAUGACAAACCAGAGAAUGAGCCCAAUCUCUGUCCAACAGACUCACGACUGCGGCCUGAUCAGAGACUCAUGGAAGAUGGAUCGUGGGAUGAAGCGAAUGCUGAAAAAGUGCGGCUGGAGGAGAAACAGAGAAUGAGGCGAAGGGAGAUGGCAUUGAAACUACUGGGAACUGAUGAAGCAGAAUCGGCGGCAACAGUUGGUGGCAGUUCUUCCAGUAGUGUUCCUCUACCUGCUGCGCUUAUGGGUAUGUUGAUUACGCUUCCUCCUAUCGUUAUCCAUUUACGUAAAGAUUGGUAA